GAACAUGAUGACAACUCCAGAGUUUGCUCUCUUUCUUCUCACACGUUUGUUCUCGAUGAAAAUGGCUCAGACGACUGAUCUGAAAAUCUCUUCAGCCAUUUAUCAAGAGAGCAGUUUUGUAUCAGCUACAACUGGGGAAAACUUGACUUUGCGAUGUUUCUAUAGGGAUAAUGUUGCAGCAAGGUUUUACUGGUACAAACAGCCUCUGGGACAGAAACCACGGCUCAUGUCUACUUACUACAAAUAUGAAAGGAAUGGAAUGUUUCAUAAUGAAUUCAAGAACAAUCCACGCUUCACACUAGAUAUUGAUAUACAUCAGAAUCACUUGAAAAUGACAGAUCUGCAUAUUGCAGACACAGCUACUUACUACUGCGCAAGUAGCUACUCCUACAAUUUUGAAUUUGCACAGGGCACUUUUGUAAGUGUGACGGGUUCAGGUUGGAACAUCCCAGCUUCGGUCCAUCAGUCAGCAUCUGAGAUCGUCCAGUCAGGAGGCUCUGUGAAUCUGAACUGUACAGUACACACUGGGACCUGCGAUGGAGAACACAGUGUUUACUGGUUCAAACACUCUCAAGAAUCUCAUCCAGGACUCAUUUACACCCAUGGAGGCAGGAAUGAUCAGUGUGAGAGGAAAGACAGCACACAAACACACACCUGUGUCUACAACUUGCCAAUGAAGAGCCUGAAUCUUUCUCAUGCUGGGACCUACUACUGUGCUGUUGCCUCAUGUGGACACAUAGUGUUUGGAAACGGGACCAAGCUGGAGUUUGAGGACAAAGUGGACUUUCCGGUCUUGUUGUGUUUCUUGACUGGCACUUUAGGAUUCACCACCACACUGUGUGUUUUAAUGGCUGUCUUAGUGUGCAUGACGGACAGGAAACACGGCUGCCUUUGUGCAGAGUCUCAGGCAAGAUUUUCAGCUCCCUCCACAACAAAUGUCAAGGGUCGCCAGAAUGAAGAUAAUGACUAUGAGAAUGUUUCAAGGGAGAACAGGGUCAACAGACGGAGACGACAGCGAGACAGCACCUGGAGUGAAUGUGUGUACUUCAGUGUAAAGCAGUAGAGCGGCUUCAUCUUUGUCUUUGUGCAGAGGAACAUGACUUCAUACUGACUCUUUUAAAAGUAUCAUCUGGCUUUGUUUACAUGAUUUCCUAAAUAUGAUGACUGUAAGUGUUGCGUUCUAAUAAACCCAUUAAACAAGCUUUU